AUGGCAGAACUUAACUGGAAUUUUGAGGACUUACAAGACAUCUUCAAUGACUAUAAUUACAGUUACAACACCGACAUGCCUGAUAUCCAGCCAGACUCUUCCCCGUGCAGGCAAGAAUUUCUGGAUGUCAACAAGUACGCCGUGGUGACCACCUACGUCCUGGUGUUCCUGCUGAGUCUGCUGGGCAACGCCCUGGUCAUCCUGGUCAUCUUCUUCAGCCAGAUCAGCCGCUCGGUCACCGACAUCUACCUGCUCAACCUGGCCGUGGCCGACCUGCUCUUCGCCCUGACCUUGCCCAUCUGGGCCGCGUCCAAGGCCAAGGGCUGGGUCUUCGGCACCCCCCUGUGCAAGCUGGUCUCCCUCCUGAAGGAGGCCAACUUCUACAGCGGCAUCCUCCUGCUGGCCUGCAUCAGCGUGGACCGCUACCUGGCCAUCGUGCACGCCACCCGCACGCUCACCCAGAAGAGGCACUUGGUCAAGUUCAUCUGCCUGGGCAUCUGGACCUUGUCCCUGGUCCUGUCCCUGCCGCUGUUUAUCUUCCGCGAGACCUACAAGCCACCCUACUCCGGGCCCGUGUGCUACGAGAACAUGGGGGCCAACACCACCAAGUGGCGCAUAGUGAUGCGGAUCCUGCCCCAGACCUUCGGCUUCCUCCUGCCCCUGCUGGUCAUGCUCUUCUGCUACGGGCUCACCGUGCGCACGCUCUUCGAGGCCCACAUGGGGCAGAAGCACCGCGCCAUGAGGGUCAUCUUCGCCGUGGUGCUGGUCUUCCUGCUCUGCUGGCUGCCUUACAACCUGGUGCUGGUGGCCGACACGCUGAUGCGCCUCGGGCUCAUCCGGGAGACCUGUGAGCGCCGCAACCACAUUGGCCGCGCCCUGGACGCCACCGAGAUCCUGGGCUUCCUGCACAGUUGCCUCAACCCCUUCAUCUACGCCUUCAUCGGCCAGAAGUUCCGCCACGGGCUCCUCAAGCUCCUGGCCCACUACGGCCUGGUCAGCAAGGAGUACCUGGCCAAGGAGGGCCGGACUUCCUUCGCCGGCUCCUCCACUUCCACCACCCUCUAA